AACUCCUGUCAACCACCCCAGACCGGUCUAUCUUUCACCAGCACUCCCGAGUAUCGCACCUAGUCACGACGACCACCACAUUUACACAGCCACAAACACACAAUGUCGACCACCGGUACGCAACCCGCGACGUCAGACGCGCCGAGGACCGUGCUCCGCGUCGGCACUCGCAAGUCGGCGCUCGCGCUGAUCCAGGCGGAAUACGUGGUGUCGGCGCUGCGCGCGCUGCACCCUCACGUCGACUUCGAGAUCAGGGGGAUGCACUCGACGGCGGACAAGGACAAGAUCACGGCGCUGUACAAGUUCGGCGGCAAGGGGCUGUGGACGAACGAGCUGGAGGCCGAGCUCAAACUGGGCCAGGUCGACUUCAUCGUGCACUCGCUCAAGGACAUGCCGACCGUGCUGCCGGACGGGUUCGUGCUGGCCUGCGUCACGCCGCGCGAGGACCCGCGCGACGUCGUCGUCGUCAAGAAGGGGCUGGAGGACAGGUACAAGACGCUGGCCGACUUGCCGGCUGGUGCCGUGGUCGGUACGAGUAGCGUGCGACGCAUGGCGCAGAUCAGACGAAGGUACCCGCAUCUGGAGUUCAAGGACAUGCGCGGCAACAUCGACACUCGUGUCAAAAAGCUGGAUGCCGAGGAUGGCGAGUUCACGGUGCUGAUCCUGGCUGCGGCGGGCUUGUUACGGACGGGGAAGGAGGGCCGUAUCACGCAGUACUUGGACAGUACGACGGAGGGCGGCGGCAUGCUGCAUGCUGUCGGUCAAGGUGGUCUGGGCAUCGAGGCGCGCGCGGACGACCAGAAGACGCUGGAUUUGCUGAAGGCCUUGGAGGACAACGAAGCUAUGUUGGCUUGUGAGGCUGAGCGAAGUGUCAUGCGAACGCUGGAGGGUGGAUGCAGUAUUCCUAUCGGUGUUGAGACACAAUGGGUAGGAGACAAUAAACUGAAAUUGGUGGCGACGGUUGUCAACGUCGAAGGCACCGAAGCCGCGGACGCUGAGAAGACUGAGGAGAUUAAGACGCGCGAGGAGGCUGUCGCGUUUGGCCUAAAAGUCGCCCAACAGCUGACGGAUAACGGCGCCCAGAAGAUCCUCGACGUGAUAAAUGCGGAGCGAGAAGCGAAUCAAGACAAAAAGGAGCCGUGGGUACCAGCAUAGAAACAGCAUAUCGCUCUAGAAGAAAACAACACGACAUGGAGCUGGGAAUAAAGGGGAUAAAAGAGAGAAAAAUGGUUGGGAUGAUGCUUUAUAGACUUUGCUGGCCAUCCAUCUAGAUACAUAUUUGCAAGCCUAGCUAGAAUCUCCGCGGAUGAACUUCGCCAUGAUGAUGAGAAUACCCCAAACGAGUUU